GUGUGACAUAGAAAUAGUGACUUUGUAUACAGCUGAUUGUACUAUUCUUACUAAAGUAAAUAUUGUAGAGAUACUAGUUUCAUAGAGGUCUUCCAAAGGGUGGUCUGGUGUCGCUUUGUUGUUCCUUUACAACUCUGUCUCUCGCUAGUUUUUUGCGGAAAAAUGCUAUCUAUCUAUCUAUCUAUCUACUCGGUAUUGAGCACUGCUUCUCUUGUGUAAUGAAAAACAUGUUAAGUAUGAUUAUUAAAUAAUUGAAAGAAACUAACCACUCUGUUUUAAUUUAGCAUCCUCCAAAGCAUUCAGUGUCUCCCUGGCAAUAGGUGUUGGUUUGUCCUUGUUGUGCAUAUAGCCAUAAUUGAAGCUUUCCAUUCGGUGGUUUAGCUCUUUAAGGGUCAAGCUUCGUUUUUCAUCAAUCAGCACCUUCAAAAAACGCUUGGUCUCAUAAGGCACAACUCCCUCAAAGAGAAUGUGCAUGAUGUCUUCAGGAAAACACUGGCACACAUCGAAGUUGGCAACCCUGUUCAUCACACUGAGCCCAUUAACUCUAUAUGUAGUUCAAAGGGCAUCACGAACAUGGGGUGCAUUGUCUGGAUCCUCAAUCAUUCCACAGAUUCGCAAGUGAUCGGUCAGGUUUCUUGCUUGAAAUUCUUCUGCUCGAAACUGGAAAAAAAACAUCAUAUCAUGAGGCAACAGUGCAAUCCUGAAAUAACAUAAAACAAGUCAUCAGUUCUCUGAGAGCUUAGAAUUUACAUACAGUAUGUACAGCAUUCAUGAUCAGUUGCAAUUAAAAUGUCAAGUUCAGGUUAAAAUUAUUUGAACCAAGUUUGAUUUGAAAUUUCUUUUGUUUGGUUUCAUUAUUAUAAGGAGACAAAAAGAAAUUACCUUUCUUCCAGUUUCUUCCUUUGUUCCCAUGCAGUGUCUGCAUAUUCUAAGGGCUCCACCAACACCUUCUUUGAAACAGCUGACACAAUUGCUACCCAGUGUAUCACCAGUCCAUAGUAGAAGGCCUCCUCGUAAGUACCUCUCUUGUCCAUGAAUCUUAAAGCAAUGUCCUUGUUCCUUUUUACGUGGGAAGAAAGUCACCAUGCAAGCAAUAAGUUUAGAUGUAUGAUAUUUUAUAACCCACCAAUUAAUUUUUGUGUGAUUUUAUUGGCUAUUUUGGAUCACAAAGCCAGUCUUUUCAAAAUUUCUUCAAUUUCAAACAGAAGAAUCCAAUCAUAAUUUCAAUAAAAUUAACUAAAUGUCAUUUGGAAUCGUCAUCAGAUCACUUUUGUUUUCAACAUUUUCAACUUUCAACUGUGUAUCACGAUAUGAAAAUUAAUCGGAGGGUUAUGAAAUAAUAAACCCCUUUAUGACUUGCUAGUAUGUCAGAGGAUAAUGUCCUAGGCUGAUAAAUUGUCCUCAAAAUUUCACAGUUGCCCUUGAAAUGAACUGUUCAUUUCUAGGGCAAUCUAUCAGCCGCAGACAUUAUCCUCAGAUAUACCAGCUGCCGAAAGGGAAUUAUUUACUAAAUGCACCGUAAGUUUUAUUUUGCACUAAAACUGACUGGAGUUUUUUAUUACUUGGUUUAAAUUUUACUAGCAGUACAGGAAUGUGCCUACAAUUUAUAUAAGAUUCUGUUCACACCUUGGCAAGUUCAUUGAGUUCUUGCGUGAAUGGUAACAACAUUUUGUCAAUGCCAUGCCUCUUCAAGUCCUGUGUCUUUGCAAUACCAAUAAGCUGGAUAUUUCUGAGAGUGGAGCGGUACAUGGGAUGGAUGUUUGCAAGUACAUAAUAAAACACUCCUGCAAAUACAAACAUUUACAUGUUAAUGGAAUGUAACCCCUACCAUCAUGUCUAUACCUACACACCAAAAAAAGAACACUGAAGACUCACCAUGAACUACUUACUUACCAAUUUUGUGUACUUUAGCCUUUGAGCCAAGAGGAUUGGCAAUCUCUAGGUCAUCAAAGUAUCCUAAAAUGAUAAGGGCAUCUUUCUGGACAGCAAAAAUUGGAUGGUUCUGUACAAAUUCACCAUCCAAAACAUCACGCAAGACAUCAUCAUUUGAGUGAUGUGGGUUAUCAACCUCGUGAAGAACAUCAGGGUUCUGCAAAAGUGCCUGAAAUAAAAAGAAGUGACUUAAAUACCAAUUUGUUCAAUCAAAGAAGGCCUGAUAAUGCUAUUCAGACACCAAAUAAGGAAAAGAAAUGACAGACAAGAGAAAAAGAGUGAGGUUUAAGUGUCUAAGACUCUAACAAUCAACCCUGGAGACAAUGUUUCUGUACAUAAAGCCAAACUGGAGUUUAUAAUCCAUGACAAGGGCAUUAAUGCCAGUGGCUGACUCAUUUUUUUCAAUAACAAUCACAUAACAAAAAUGAUUAGUCCAUUGUAGACCACGCUAAGGCAUUAUAUGUACCUCCAAACUCUUCAAUAAUGGAACAUGGUAACCAUAGUCCGAGAUUCUCUUCAGCUUCUUCCUUCCUUUUGACAUGAUAUACUUCCAUCGCUUUCCAAGAAACACCCUUAAUGGUUCCUGAAUUACAAGUAUUGAAAGAGGAAAAUUAAAAUAUUUGCCAUAACUUAUGUCUAAGAAUUCACGAAGAUAGGCAUCCAAAUAAGGUAGAAAAUGCUGGAUGAGUGGGGAGUAGCAAAGAGGAUCCACUUCCGGCACUGAGGUUGUUUUAAACAAUUAUUCGUAUCUUGAGUUUUGCCUUCAUUAAAAUGCUGUAUUUACAGGGCUGUUCUCUGCAGCACUCAGUGGCCCCCUGUGACUUGCUUUUGUCUUUGGGCAACAAGGACAUCUUAGCAUCUGCACAAAAUUACCAGUAUUAUGCUGGGCGCCCUGGAAACUGAAUUUGUGUACAGUGUCGUGUAUUCCAGUAGUGGUUUAAGUUACAGAGGGCAAAAGUCCUUGCAGGGCAACACAUGUUAUCCUUAACUGAAUGAGCAUUAUAUGUAAAUAUAAUGCAAAUUUUGGCCCCUAAAAGAGACCGCUUAAAAACACACAAAUACGACAUGCAAUGAGUUUUAAUGAUAUAAAGACAUAAUCGCCGAAUGCUUUUAUCUAAAAGUACGGUAGUUUUUAAAAGCAUUGUCAUAAAUCUCAAGUUCUUAGCGGAACCCUAAACGAGACCUUGGCGGCUUAAAAUAUUGGCGCUUUGCCCGGAACACCCUAAGCGAGACCAAAAUCCAAAAUUUACACCCCUAAGCGAGACGACGAGCAUCCCCGUCUGUUUCAUAUGGGAGUCCCCCCCCGGGUCCCAAUGCUGCUCCAUUUUGCGACAUAGCCCCUUUAACAACUGAACUGAUUCAAAAACAGAAGCAGUCCAGUAUUGUAGUUUGGGCGAAGAUGGACCUUUUACGUUAGAGGUCGUCGAGUUGCUAAAAUUCCCCACAAAAGUUUGAAUUUAUGGAAAAAUUUCACCACAAGCAAAAUACAACUUAAGUCCUCUAUUUAAGCUUAUGUAUUUGGCUAAAGUUUUAUGUCAUUCUUUUUUAAUUAAUUAUAAGCUUACCACUAAGUUGAAGUUUUCCAAGAAAAAUGAUCUCUGUUCUCGUUCAGAGUCUAGUCCAGAAAACACAUCAUCUGCCACAAAUAGAUCAUCCAUGUCCUGGGAAAACUCAAAGUCAUGGCCUAUGCUGUCUUUCAGUUUUGCCAUCAAUGAUUUCUUAACCACAUCUAGGUAUUCCCCAAGGAGUGCUUUGGUGGAAUCCUUUACCAUGUCCAAUGCUGUUUGCGUUAUCUUGCCAUCUUCCUUGGUACGUAGCAGAAACUUUGCAGCAUGGCGCUGUAAAUCUGAGCGUGCUGUAACCUCGUCAAAGUCUUCCUCUGCACUUUCUUCCUGGACAUAGUCAAUGCCAGGGUCGACUUCAUCCGCAGGUGCACGAUCAGCAACUUCUUUGUGCACGUGUUCGCGGUUGUAAUGUCUUUGGAGACUAUUGGCUUUGGAAAAAGACCUUCCACAAUUGGAACAAUAAACCAGAAAGUUAGGUUCGUUAGAGUGGAACUUGAUUAAGUGUUUAAAAAAAUGAUCGCUUUCAUUUACAGGACAGCUGUAGUUACAGUACUCGCACGAUAGCCGCCGCUGUUCGGUAGCCAUUUGCUCAACAUUGAGUCGAUUGAGUCUCAGAGACGUCCGGCAUCCGAACCUCGAUCCCAGGUCCUCGAAUAGUCACAUGAUCCUUCUUAACCAAUCGUAGCCGAGAAUACUACGCUUGGCGUCCUUUUCUCCCGAGGCGAGAAAGACGCGCCAUCUUUCAAAUUUUCGCGAGGUUUACAUUCAUUUCCACUUCAACACGAGUUCCAACGUCAAAUCCAGCUUCAAAACAUAAAUGGCGCUCACAAGUUUCACCACGGAGAAACUUCUUGCUCUUUUAAAAGCAAGGAAUGUGCCGCAAGAAGCCCUUGACCUGCUGAGAGGUGUGUAUUGCUCGUUGAUCUGAAAUGUUCAAGGCCAAAUCGAUCCUUUCCAUCAUAUCAAGAAUCGAGUAGUUAGCUGAAACAUUUUCUCUUUUAGAUAAUGGCAUUGAUGGAUCCACCCUUCUUUUGCUGAGAGAUGAUGUAGAUGAAUUUAUGGCGGUUGUUCCAAAGUCCGGACAUCGACUUCUCAUAAAGCGGAUAAUCAAAGAGUUAGAGACAACAGAAGCACAAGUAAGCUUGUAAUUUAAGCUUGUCUUAAGAGUUGUGUCAUCUCAACGGUGUCAAAUGUCCCAAACCAUUCCGUUAUUAUAUCGCUUUUUUGGAUAUAUCCUUGUCUGAAAAGUAAUGAGGCCAUUUCCUGGCUUUUUCUCACUAGUCAGAAAAGGAGAAGUUGAUCUUUUGUCAUGAUGAAGUCUUUGUUACCUUGAAGUAUGAAGUAAAAACGUCCAAAGCGGUGUUACACAUUUUAUGGCCUACAUGUAAGACAAGCUAGCUGUUGUAAAGUUAAUAAAUGACCGUUAUUUACCCUCAGCAGUAUUUAUAGCACACAAGGGCUAGUGGGGCCGAGCAAAUACACGAAACAAAUAAUUCAAAUAUUAAACACAGCAGGUUACGAAUCCCAGCACAGGGAUCCCAGACAAACUGUUUGUGUAACCCUUUGCUAUUUUAUAGCAGUGUAUGGGAUUUACUGUAAAUUUCAUGCUCUAGCGACGAAUUGCUAAAUAUACGUAUUGAACACAGCUAAAUAAAAGUUAGAAUGCCUUACCUGUGGUGUACUGUAGUCCUUCUGCCUCAGAGGCAAUCAGCAGGAUGGUUUGUGGCUGGCACAUGAAAAUCUUGCUACACAUUUUGAUUGCUUGUAAAACGUAGGUGAGCAAUGCAAUUUUCUGAGGAAAAUCUCCUUGGCGCUGGCUCAGUGCUGGAGCCGUUCAAAUAUCUUUGCUCCCUUUCUGUUUCUUAUGAGGCACAGUCAAUGGCAAAGACAAAACCCAACAAAUCGCUUAAAAUAUCACUACUGAGGCAAAAGGAUGACAGUACACCACAGCUAAGGCAUUCAAACUUUUAUUUAGCGGUGUUCAAUACAUAUAUUUAGCGAUUUGUCGCUAGAGCAUGAAAAAUACGGUAACUCCCAUACAUUGCCAUAAAAUAAAAAAGGGUUAAACAAACAGUUUGUCUGGGGUCCCGGUGAUCCCAACUGGCAGGAGGCAUACCAGUUUGCUAUUUAUAAGAGUGACUAAACCAGAGCGGGACUUGAACCCGAGGCCUUGUAUUGUAAGACCAGCGCUCUAACCGUUCGGCCACCCUGCCUCCUUACUUGUAGUUAGUUUUUCAACCUGAUUUCUUUGCUUGUAGGCAACAUCAUGAUGAAAAUGGACCUAAUUUACUACACACUCUUUAUGCCAAAAUACAACAAUGUUGUUUCAAAAAGGUGGUUUUCAAGGUCAUCUUCUAUGAUUCAGAUGAUUAACCCUCUACUAUGAUGUUCCCAACAAAACCGUUUGAUCUAUGACUACAGUAUGGUAUUUCCAACAAAAUGGUGCCAGCUAAUCAAAGUGUCAUGGCUAUCAUUUUAAAGUGCUUCAGCUAUCAUCUCAAAAAAGGUAAACCAGAUAUUCUGGGAUGGUUGCAAGGUUUUGUAACCAAGGGGAUACAGAGGAGAUAAAUUUAUUACACACCUGUGUAACUGAGGUCUCAGUACCCAGACAAACUACAUGUACGCCUUUGAAGCUUUAAGGGCUGCAGGAGUACAGAAUGUGAAAAUGUGAUGUGAUUUACAAAGAUCACCAAUAACUCUUUGUCAUGGUCGAACUAAACUACUGUAAUCAUUGUGAUACAUUUUGCUUGCACAAUAUCCUUGGAGGUACACUUGGUAUACCUUGUAUAGGCUAUGGUUGUGGGGGGGUUAAAGCAAUAAUAUCACCCAUGGUAGAGUAUGGAUAUUUUCUGGAAUUACUCAUUAUGAUCCAACGUAAUUUGCUUUAUAUUAAAUGGACAAUGAGAUCCAGCACAACAUUACACGUACAGUCAAAAUACUCAGUGCGUGCCACCUGUUAUUCAAGAAUAGUUUUGAUUAAUUGUGAACGGAGUGCAUUAUUCGUUUCAAACUUUCAAAUUUAAUUUGGAUAUUGAAAUCAUCCAAUCCUAGCCUGAGUGUGACCACAUUUGAAAUAUAUAGAUUGUUGAUUGGUGUAUUUCCCACAUUGCUUGAACACUUCAUGCGGUGUUCAUGUCCAAAAGCGGCCCUAGAAUCAAACUGUUAAAAACCUGUGACAAGAAAAGCUACCGCCCUUUGCUGAAAGAAGGCCUUUCGGUGGCUAUUUGCAGCUUUCCAGAUCUGAAUAUCUGUUCCAAAAAUUCUUCAACUUUUUUCAACAAGAGCUUAGGCUUCUCUUGAUCACAAAAAAUUCAACGAAAACCACGUGAAAUGACUUAAAAAGCGACAGACAAAAUUAAUGAAGAAGACUCGAUGGCACCAAACUUUGCACGUGAACAUGUCAUGAAGUCUUCAACCAAAACCAAUCAACAAUUGAUGCUUCAAAUGAGGUCACACUCGGGCUACAGUUGCAUGAUUACAAUAUUCAAAUUAAAUUUGAAAGUUUGAAACAAAUAAUGCAUUCUGUUUGCAGUUAAUCAAAACUAUUCUCAAAUAAUAGGCAGCACGUGCUGAGUAUUUUGACUGUAACCAGUCUUGUGAAGUAAUGAUUUGUCCAGCCCUGGAGUAGUUCAGGCUCCUUUUAAGUUUUUUUGGCUGUAUAGCUGUAUAUGUAUCAUUGGAAAUUUCUCUCAUUGAUGCUCUGUUUUAAGCAUUACUUUGCUUUGGUCUGAAAUAAUUUUCUUUUGUUUUUUGUUUUUUUUAUCUUCUAGCCCAGCGUAGAGUCAAGCCUUGUUGAGUUAGUGGGAGAAUAUCCAUCCUUGGGGAUGUUCUCUGGCCCAAGUGAUGUUAGUAUGGUUGACUUGCUGGAUUCAUGUAGCAGCAUUGAGCCAAGCCCUCCAGUAUGGACACCAAGCCCAAAACCUGUCCAGUCCAGUACACCAAACAGUGUUAGUACAAGCAACAUUGAGCCAAGUCUUCCUCUACAUACACCAAGUCCAAAGCU